AUGCCUCAAUGUUGUGCUGUACCGUACUGUUCAUCAGCCAAAGGUGGUCACAGAUUUCCUUGCGAUAAAUCUCGGUUAAAAAAAUGGAUAAUAGCUAUACGGAGACAAAACUUUAUCCCUUCAAAACAUUCAGUAGUCUGCAAAGAUCACUUCACUUCUGAAGACUAUACAUUACCAAAGGAUUCAACGUGCCAAAAUCCAACUCCUCGUUUGAAAAAAGAGGCAGUGCCAAGCGUGUUUUUCUGGAAUAUUUCUCAUGUUAAUGAUCAAAAAAAGAUCGAGUGCAAUCAAAGAGUCAUUAGAAGACGACAAAAGAGAGAAGAGCAAGAAAAGAAAGUUGUAUAUAAUCUUGACCAAUGGUACCAGAACCGCAGUACAAAAGAAAAUAUAGAAUGUGUUGAAGUGGAAAUUGAAAGUAUGUUCAAAGACAUAGGGAUACAGUGCUCUACAGGUGAUCUAUGUAAGGAUAUUAUGAUACCUGAAAAACAACCACAUCUUUAUUCAGAAAAAUGCAUUAGAAAUAUGGAUUCGUUUUGUAUACAAAAUUUAAGUGGACCUAAGGAAGUACAUUUCUAUACAGGAUGUGACGAUUAUGAGCAUUUUAUGUUCAUAUUUAGUUUAUUUGGUGAGGAAGUAAAUGACCUUAAGUAUUAUCCUACAAUGAAACCAUCGCAUGGUGCUCAUGUACUCACUCCUUUCAAUGAGUUUUUUCUCACAGUUAUGAAACUUAGAAGAAAUACCUCAAAUAUAGAAUUGUCUUUUCGCUUUAAAAUCAGUGAGUCAUCAGUGAGUAAUAUUUUUAUAACGUGGAUUAACUACCUAUACUGUAAACUGAAAGAUCUAAAUUUGUGGGUUUCUAAGAAAGUACUAGACAAUAAUAUGAAAAUUUUGGGCAAAACCAAUACAUGUACAAUUAUAAUAGAUUGUACAGAAAUAAAAAUUGAGAAACCCAAAAAUCCUGCUUCUCAACAAUUAACUUACUCAAAUUAUAAAUCAACCAACACUCUUAAAGUACUUGUUGGUGUAUCUGCAACUGGAUGUGUAACAUUUGUUUCAGAUGCAUAUGGUGGGUCUAUUAGUGACAGACAAUUAUUUGAAAAGUCAAAUAUUAUACUAUGA